CAUACUGACUUUGAUGUGCGUUGAAAUUAAAUAGAACGCGAUAACGUAUUUAUACCUUAAAUCAUAAACGUUUGUCAAUAAAAUGUUUUCUUGAAAGUAUUGUUUAAGGGGCUAACAUCGGAACAGGAGUGAUCAAGAAUGGCGAAUGACUCGAGCACUGAUGUUAAUCGUUGGGGCUUUGAUGAGGCACUUGAAUGGUUGGACAAUAAUAAUGUUUCUUGUGGAGGAUUACAAUCCUUGGAACAACUUCGUGAUCUUGUUCGUGCAUAAAUGGACAAGAAAAGAAAAUACGGCUCAGAAGUAUACAACAAGUUGCAUGUUAAAAUUGAAAAAAUAUUGGCAAAUAACACACAGAUAAAGGAAGAAAUUGUGCGCAUGUACGAUGCACUUAUUGCCUUUUAUAGUAGUAAAUUACCAGACGAUAUUAAAAGUAUCAUCCAAAAACUGUAUGGCAAGGACAUUGAUCAGAAGAUUGUAAAGCACAAAGAGGAUUUUGCAAACAAAAAAUGUUCAAUUGUUGUUACAGGAGAAACCAGUGCAGGGAAAAGCAGCUUCCUUAACCUACUGCUCGGAGAAACGGUCCUACAUAGCUCCCUGUUAUGUUCGACAAGAAGGCUGUGUCACAUACACUCAAUACCCGCUGGUAGUCAGUGUUACUUUCAAGUCACGAUGGAGGAUGGUUCAAGCAAAUUGUAUAACACAUAUAAUGGAAAUAAGGAGAAAUUUAUUACAGAUUUAGAAGAAUGUGUGACCAGUGAUGACACUUCAUUACAAAUAGUAGACAUAUACUGGCAUGUUCCAUUAUUGGGCGACAACACGCACGUGACCUUAGUUGAUUCACCUGGAAUUGGCGACAAUCAAGAGUUAUCCGAAGACCUAUUGAAUUUCUUACCGAAUGCAAGUGGGCUUAUUUUUGUAAUAAACAGUUCAAACUGCGGUGGAGUCCAAGGUGACAAGUUAGGCAAGAUUUUCAGCAGACUGAAUAGUGAAAUCAAAGACAAGAACCUUUUCAGCUUUGACCCAACCUGCACAAUGUUUAUCCUAAACAAAUGGGAUAUACUUGAACAAAAUAAAAACUAUGAACCAGAUUUAGAAGACAUUGUAUGGCGAAACACAUUGGAUAAAUUGACAGAAAAUCUGACUGGAUUCUCCUGGGAGACGUGCAUGUAUAAAAUUAGCAUAAAAGAUGCAAUCACAUACAAGAACUGUGGAAUGGUUACCGACACAUAUCGGUGUAUGUUAACUGGAUUAAAGCAACUUGUGGCUUCUAGUAUGUCGGUAAACUGCAGAAGGCAUUGUAGGUGGCUAACAGAGCUCAUUGGAUCGAUGAAGAAGUAUCUAACAAUCAGACUUGAAGACGCGAAAAUAAAUUAUGAAGAAAACGACAACAAGUACAAAGAUGCGUUCUUACGUUUAUCAAACCUUUGUAAAGAUGUGAAUUCUAUUCAUACAGAUAUGGAACUGAAAUGCUCCAAGAAAUGCAAUGAAAUGGUGGCUAAAAUACAUGACCAUAUACACUCUCGUGAUGUGCAGGCUCAGCUGAAACAGAGAAUUGACAUUGCUAUAUAAUCAGAUGAAGAACAAAUAAAAUUGUCAGUACGAAAACAAAUAUAUAAAUUGAUGGUAGAAGAAGUUAACGAUUUUGAAAAACGGGAACAGAUUAUAGCAAAAUUUAGAGAUCAGCUUAGACUGAAAAUCAACCAAAAAUAUCACAUUCUAAUAGAGAAGUUAGUGGAUGUUGAAAAGUCGAUCGAAAACAAGAAAUCUGAAGUCGCAUCUGAAGAAAAACGCGAGAUGUCUAUUGGAGGAAAGGUGCUGGUGGGAGUUGGUUUGACCAUUGGAAUCCCAGUAGCUGCAGCGCUUGGAAUAGCCCUUAUACCAAUUACUCUUCCGGCUUCCAUCGCAUGGCUUUGGAAUAAAUCGAAAGCAGUUACACGCCUCUUAGCAAACGAGGAAGAAUUAAAAGACGAAUGUUUGAAUAUAGUGUUGCAAACGAUUGACAAAGAUGUGUUAAAUAAAUAUGUGAAAACAAUGUAUCUUCCACAGCUUCAACAACAAAUAGAUCAUAUUUCGAAUGAAAUUCCGAGAAAAAUAAAAAGUUUGAAACAACUGGUAAAAGAAAUGGAGACAACGCGACUGAGUUCAAAGGAGAUUAAAGAAAUGUAUGAACCAGCCCUGGAAAAUGUUCGAAGUAUGGUCUUUACAUUACAGAACUACAAUCUAACCCAUAUUUCAGAAUGCAAUAUUGAUGUUGGGAGAUUCAGAAUAACACACGAAAUAUGUAAGAGUGACUCUCUCACCGUUUAUGCGGCUAAACUAUGCUCAGACGAAGAAGAAAGUACAGUCGUUAUCAAACUUUUGCCAGAUGCCCCGAUACAAGUAUAUUUAAAGACAGUUGAAGAAUUAAGUGUUUUCAGAAAGACCAACCAUGAAAAUGUCGUUGCUUUCAUCGGAUUCUGUUACACGGAUUGCAGGCCUGCAAUCGCGUCAGAGGACUGUACUUCAACGACAGUUCAACUAACAUGUCCGCGACUGAUGACAGUUUUUGAAAUGUGUGAUACAACGUUAGAAGACUACGUGCUGAACCAUAACGAACUCAAAUGCGGAAAUACACAGAAUAGAACAUAUGAGAAAAGCGCACUUAAAUUAUUUUACACAACUGGUCUGGCCAUCUGUACAGGAAUGCUACACAUGUACGAACAAGGACUUUUGCACAUCUAUAUAAAUCUGAACAACAUUAUGAUUAAGAAUGAGAACGUUAAAAUCAACCCACCUAUGAUCGGUUCGUUUUCACUAACUCAACGGGAAUGGCCAAGGGCUCCUGAGUUGGCAACUGGACAGUACACUCAAGAGACGGAUGUGUUCUGUCUUGGAAAAUUACUAUGGGAGCUGUGGUAUGGAAGAAAGGCAAGUGAGCCCACUUGCAGCUCAACAGAACGACAAGAGACACUUCCAAACUGUAAUUUGAAGAACGCUAUGCCCGAAAAACUCGCGCAAAUCGUCCGUAAAUGCUGGGAGGAGAAUCCAAAAGAACGACCUUCCCUAGGAGAUGUCACUGCAGUUCUCAACUGCUUACGUGGAUACUGUUGAAAAUGAUCGCUUAUUCGAAUUGUUGUAUCAAUUCUGUCAGCAUCAACAGUAUUUACGAUAUUGUGAACUUAAACAUACAUCUGCAUUGUACGUCUGGGAGCCGAUGUUAUCAUUUUUCAUAAUUGUUGUUAUCUUUUAAUAAUGGAAUGUUUAUUGACAAUGUUAAGUCACGUUAAGAGUAUUGGAAUGUGUAUUAUUAUUAGCUGUUAUGUUUAUUCAACUAUCAUAUGCAUGUUUGCUCAAAGUAUCUUAAUGUUUGCGCACUAUUUCCAUAAUGAUAGGUAGUGUUGACUUGAUAUUAUAUACGUUUUUGCACCACUGAAAAGAUUAUAGUUUAGUUUCCAUAAAUGCUAACAGCCUAAUAGCUGAUUUCAACUCUGUUGCAUACAUUCUUUUUUUCUUUCUCCAUUUUUUUGUGUUUACCCACCACUACCAUAUAGUAUGAUAGACAGUGCAUUAAAUUCUUAAAACUGUAUACUCACUUUCUUUUAACAUGACCUGUUUACAAUUACAUGGUUUAGAAUGACGAGGUAUUAUGUACAAGUCGGUAUAAAAUUUAUGUUCUGUUUUAUUAGCCAAUAACCUGUUCCCUACACACAUUUACAUUUGAACAACAUUAUUAAUUAUUUAGUAAUCCUCUAAUUUGAAAUGAUAAAGCCAUAUG